GCCACCCAGAGAGCCACGCUGAGAGCAGCAGAGAGAUUUCUGUUCCCUCCGGAGCUAGCGGAGUGGGACGUCUGGCGGCGGACUACAUCUCCCAGGAGGCGCCGCGGCUGAGGCCCCCGUGCGCGCGGGGGCAGGCGGCAGCGCGGGCAGCCCGCGGGGGCCUCGGCGGCCAAGAUGGACGACGAGGAGGAGACGUACCGGCUGUGGAAGAUCCGCAAGACCAUCAUGCAGCUCUGCCACGACCGCGGGUACCUGGUGACCCAGGACGAGCUGGAUCAGACGCUGGAGGAGUUCAAGGCGCAGUUCGGGGACAAACCCAGCGAGGGACGCCCCCGUCGCACCGACCUGACCGUGCUGGUGGCUCACAACGAUGAUCCCACCGACCAGAUGUUCGUGUUCUUCCCCGAGGAGCCCAAGGUGGGCAUCAAGACGAUCAAGAUGUACUGCCAGCGCAUGCAGGAGGAGAACAUCACCCGGGCGCUGAUCGUGGUGCAGCAGGGAAUGACCCCUUCGGCCAAGCAGUCCCUGGUUGACAUGGCUCCCAAAUACAUCCUGGAGCAGUUCCUGCAGCAGGAGCUUCUCAUCAACAUCACGGAGCAUGAGCCUCUCUGCUGUUUGCAGCUGGUGCCAGAGCACGUGGUUAUGACAAAGGAGGAGGUAACGGAGCUGCUGGCCCGAUACAAGCUGAGGGAGAACCAGCUCCCCCGGAUCCAGGCUGGGGACCCUGUGGCCCGCUACUUCGGGAUAAAGCGUGGCCAGGUAGUGAAGAUCAUCAGGCCCAGCGAGACUGCGGGCAGGUACAUCACCUACAGACUGGUGCAGUGACACAGUGGGUGUGAGGAGCUGGGUGGCUCCCACCAGCAAUUCACGGAUGCUCGGAGAUUCCUGCAUUUCAGGGAUGGCCAGGGAAAUCAAAUCCCUUCCCACGAGGCCUCUCUGGGCCUCAUUCCACAUCUUCCAGCUUGGACUUUGUGGUCACCCCUCAGUCCCAUCCAGGAGACUUGGAGUGAUGGGAGAAAAUCAAUGGGAAGGGUUUUUCCUUCCCUGUUUUCUGGGCUCUUGUUUGAAAUAAAGGUUUGUACCCUCA